AUGGCGGCUGCGGCUGACCCGCGGGUAGACGUGUCUGGCGGCCCGGGAGCGGCAGUUCGCGCCCGGAGGCCGGAGCCGCGGCUCCCGGCCCUGGACAGCGGGCCCCUUCCGGGGGCUCAGGGACCGGUGGUUCCUGCUCGGGGCAGCGGGCGUCCCUCUUGGCCGCCAUCUGGUCCCCAGCUGGGCACCGGUCCGGCCCGAGCCGCCCCCGUUGCGAACGGGAAGGGGGCGGGGCGCCCAGCGGCACCCCUGGCCCGGGAACGGGGCCUUCAACCGCCCCACCUGCUCGGGGACCCCGUGGCCCGGGGAAAGGGCCAACCUGAGCCGCUCUCUCAGAGCCGCCGGUUCCUCCUUCCCAAAAUAAGGGUCUCUGAGGUUCCCUCCCGCCCCAGCCCCGGGUCCUGGGCCCCCUCCGCCUGGCGGAGCAGGGAGAAGGCGCCCUUCAGGAAGGAGGCCGGGCUGCUGCCCCUGAGAGCAGAAGGAUCAGAUGUUGGGGGGGUCUCAGACCCUCCUAACUCCCUGUGCCUCGAUUCCACCUCUUUUCAGCUCCACAGGUUUGUGUCCAUGAACAAGCUCAAACACUUCUUCGCUGUGGACACGUCCUACGUGGCCAGGAAGCUGGGGCUGCUCGUCUUCCCCUACACACACCAGAACUGGGAAGUUCAGUACAGCCGCGAUGUGCCUCUGCCCCCACGGCAGGACCUCAAUGCCCCCGACCUCUACAUCCCCACCAUGGCGUUUAUCACAUACAUCCUCCUGGCCGGGAUGGCGCUGGGAAUUCAAAAAAGGUUCUCACCCGAGGUGCUCGGCCUGUGCGCCAGCACGGCCCUGGUAUGGGUCGUCAUCGAGGUGCUGGCCCUGCUCCUUGGCCUCUACCUGGCCAUGGUCCGCAGUGACCUGAGCACCUUCCACCUGCUCGCCUACAGCGGCUACAAAUACGUGGGCAUGAUCCUCAGCGUGCUCACGGGACUGCUCUUUGGCAGCGAUGGCUACUACGUGGCCCUGGCCUGGACCUCGGCUGCCCUCAUGUAUUUCAUUGUACGUUCGCUGCGGAUGACCUCGUUGGGCACCGACGGGAUGGGGGGACCGGCCCCCCGGCAGCGCUUCCAGCUGUACCUGACCUUGGCCGAGGCUGCCUUCCAGCCAAUGAUCAUCUACUGGCUGACCUUUCACCUGGUCCGGUGACCCAGAUGGGGUCUCCUCUGCCCCCAAGGAAGACUCCCGUGAAGAUGACGAUGAUGAUUUUUUCCCUGUACAUUGAAGAUUUUAAUUGCUUCCGCCACAUCUGUCCCUCAUUCCUGGGAACCUGGCCCUGGAUGGGACCUUGAGGGUCUGAGGCCGUGGGAAGGAAGGGCCGGCCAGGGACAGGCCUCCCUUGGGGGGCGUGGGCCUAGGGGCAAGAGGCUGCUGCCCCGCCGGAGCAGUCCUCGGGGGGCGACUCCAUGUCACCGAUGAGACUUGGCUGGGUCGGAGAAGCCCGCGAUGUCCACAGCCCCCGGUAAAGCUUGCGAUGGCUCCACA